AUGGACGGUACAGAAGCUGUAUACCGAAAACCGCCGCUGUCGCUUAACAAAUAUCGAAAGGCGGCGGAACUCGUGACCUUGGACAUCAUAUACAAGAAGACACUCUGUCUAGAUAUCACACCGGAGCGCCUUUUACACACCUCUGAUGACCAGCUUCUGUUCUUCUGGUGUGAACGCGCGCACCUUUAUCUGGUGAAGCCGGCGUACGACUACCGAGCCAUCGAAUCUACCACCAUCGAACGACCCUUCCAAGUACAUGUACAAGACGAGGACGGAUCCACCAUGCAAAACAACGUCCACCUCCCGAAUUUGGAUGAUCUAGAAGACGGCGAAUGGGCGGCGUUUGUUGAUACAGAAGGCCACAGCCAAAAAGAACGGAUGAAGGCGGAGUUCAUUGCGAUUGCUACUUAUCGCGCGAGUCCGGGGAUGGUUCCUGGCGAAAAGAAGCGGAAGAAGGUUGUCGCCUUGAUGCUGGUCAGGAGGCAGGAUGGCGGCAUCGCGUAUAGAGUUGCUAUGCUUGACGCGGUUUCUAUGCAAAAGUGGCUGAAGUGUAAGCGGGAGAGGAUUCUUGUUGCUCUGGGAUAG